CAUAUAUCAAGAACUCUACUAAUGUGCACUUCUCAAAACCAUCGAGAAAAGCUUAAAAUUCUUAGAGCUGGCUUUCCGAGUCUUGAUGGAGUGUGCUACUUUAAUCUGAUUACCUUUAACAAGGUUCGCUUUCGGAAAUGAAAUACAAGAAGAAGCUGAGCGAAGGACUAGAUUCCAGCUGCGUUCACAACAACAAGCGCUGCAAAUACUGAAGUGUAUCACACAAAAAAUAUAUAUAGACCGAGCUAAUUCUCGUUCUGCGGACUAACCCCUUCUUUAAGGCACAGAUUCGGAUGCAAGCGUAACUUGUCGAGGGGUCGCAAAACUAGCCGACAAUGACAUCCGAUUUACCCGUUUAUUUGGAGGGAAUCUGAGGCACACAAUCCCAAGUUUUUCUGAUUGCGCAGUCGAGCAGUCACACACCUAGUCCCCACCAGCACUGACUUUACGCACGGUAACUCCGUUGACUCGCCUGCGUCGAAUCGUCGGUGCUACUCAACCGCGAGUGGCUGCAGGUAACAGAUACGUCGCCGUAGUGCUGGUGUGAUAUUCGUGUCAGCGAGACUGAGUUCGGCGAGCGCGCAGUGUUUGCCAGCGCCGGAAUUUUGCACCGUUCGGAGGACGCGAGAAGAAUGGCGAUGGCGGCACCCUCUCGCGGGAGCAGUGGCCUCCAGCCCGGCGCAGCGGCGCCGGGAGGUGCACGCCCAGGUGGUACGCCGCUUCUAAAUCAACACCUUCCACCGAAGGUGGGUCAAGGAGCGCUUUUCAUUAUCUUCAUCGUGUGUGCACUUCUCUUCUAUAACGUUACGGGACUGGUCGUCACGCUCUGCUAUCACACUUACCCGGUAUUUCUAAGAGUUUAUCUGCCACCCCAGCACUUAUACGCGAAAAAGAUACACACAUUUUUCGAUCAUCUCAUACUGGUAUAUAUUGGAAGAAGAUGAAAAUGGAAAAUGUGGAAACAUCCGCAUCUUCUUCAGGCUCAGAAGUAGUAACUUAUUUUUGUUGUGAGCGCAUGCUGUACAAAGGCUGCGCCAGCAGCGGCCUCAUCAAACAGAUUCCUUUACCACUUUUUUCUCUUCAGCUUAUCGCGCUGAGUUUGGUUGUGCUCAUAAUGCUUUUCUCGCUCAUACCAGCGUUCUUACCGCUUGUAUACCCCGUUCCGUCUUUCAACGGCCUCUACUCAUUUAUCGAACGGCGACUUGUCGUAUUCAUUGUUCAUUUUUCUUGCAAUAAAUCAAUGAAAAUAUGCACCGAGUCGCUAUUUCAUUCUUGUAAACAUGUUUUUGUUUCUGUCAUAGAGCAAGAGCACUCAUCAGUUAAAAAAGAGAUGGCGAAUUGACGCGAAUUGAUUCGACAUACCAACUCAUCAACUACACAGCCCGGCACCGCAGCACGUUCUGUCGAUGAAGCGUGCAUCAAGAAAGCAAAUCGUCGGGUGUUGCAGAAAAUCUUUAGUGACCUAGCAGCGUGCGGCUUUUUCUUCACAUGCCUCGGCGUUCUGAACUACAUGUAUUUGUAUCAGCAUUUCGGCGCAGUGAUGAUGCCAGACCGAACCUCCUACAUCGGUGUCGACCCCCGUAGUACAUCCCAGCUGUGGGCUGACGGAGGAACGCUGGAAUUUAUCGAAGGCUCGCGUGUGGACGCAACGAGAGCCGUAGCCUACCAACCGAUGGGCGAAUCGGCAACCUACUGUGUGGCGCCAGUGCUGUUCCAGUCACCAACUCCCGUGUCCCGGGUAGAGUACUGGGCAGUCGGAGUGGACUGCUGUAAAACAGCGAAUGUCUUCAACUGCGACGACUCAGCGAAGCAUGAUGCGAGAUCAGGGUACCAGGAUAAUUUCUUGAUAAUACGUUCUUGCUUGAGUAGAGUACUGCGUAGCGUUAUUAACUUAAGUUUGAGACACAUCGCACUUCCGACUGAGGGGAUACUCUGGAAUUGUGAAUAACAAUAAGGCGAUGCAUACACUCGAUGAAUAUUAAGUAGAUUUGAUGAGAUCAUCUUUAUAGGGUAUACCGAUUGUUCCCGCCUGCUGCAGGUACAUUAUACCAUUGCUUCGGUACGUGGAUAAUAUUUUUCUGCGAGCACCACCGAUAAGAAAGUGGGAUCGCUUUCAAGAAGCCGUGAAAAUCGCUGAAAAAAAGUACGGAUUCACAACGACUGAGUGGGCGACGUUUCUUAGAUGGCGCCGUGAUCCAAAAUCCCUGGAAGCUGAACUAACUAAUGGGAGGGCACUUACUUGUCUGUUUCAAGAAUUAGCAAUUUUAUUACUCGCAUUGUCAAUAGCAGGCUACUGCGCUAUCGCAAAAUCCCCACGUCUCUACGGACAGUAUCUCGAAGAAGCUGUGGCACUGGGACCGCGUCCACCGCCACAAGCCGGCAACUUGAGGGGUGGCGGUCCUGCAGGAAAGCAAGGGAUCGAUGCGACGACUCGAAGGGGUGGUAUAGUGCUAUCACACGAGUGGAGGUCAUUAUGGGGGUAGUUACAACUACUUCUAGUACGUAGUGCUAGCAGUAGCUUUCGUUUAUGGUAGAGAAUUCCCUCAGCGCGACCAUCGUCAUGACGUUAUCAAACAUUGACCAUUCUAGUUCUAUUUCAAUUGAGCCACCCUGCCCUCUACCUUCAGAAACCGGUCCUACCUCGCCCGGCGCCACACAGUUCAUCCCGCCUGGCGGGACCAUGAUGCCAGCCUCAACGUUUGGGCGCCCGCCAAAUACGGAUGCCUCUCUCGUUUCAAGAAGUCCUGGAACCGGUGGACGAUUCGCCAGGCAGUCGAUUCAACGUGGCUGAGGCACGUGCAGAGCAAUCUCAAACGCCGUCAAUUUAUAUUGCGGGUCCAUUUCUAAACUACAUACAUGAGCUACAACGUGCGCUUUCAUUCACUCUCCCCCACAUAUACAUACAUACUACUUGCUGACGGAAGACGGACAUGUAUGUUGACCAAAUAUAGACACGAUUUCCCCCUGCCGUGUUCCGGCAAUGGUGCUAUCUCAGAAUCAUACUGAAGAUAGAUAUACACACUCGAUCCCCAUGAUGAGAUCCGCCCUUUACAAAAGCCAGAGGUCCUUGCUCAAUGCGGGUUCUCUUAAACUAGCACGCAU